AUGCCCCUCACCGCUGCGUACGGGAAGGCGCUGGAUUAUUACGCAGCGGGAAACUGGACGGAAUCGAUCCAGUACUUGGAAUUAAGCCUACGUUUGCACCGGCUUCUGAAGGACAGCGUGAGACACUGCGCGAGCCACUGUAACUCGAGCAAGCAUGACGACGAGUCUUUUGCUGGAUACCCGGAUCUCCGCGUCUACUGGAACGUUAUGAUGAAGGCGACCUGUCAGAAGAAGUGCAGGGCGCUUUUCCCCGCGUUCCAGCUGCCUCCUCCCGGCCGAAAGAUCCUGGAGGAUUUCAGCAGAAGAUCUCCCUACAGAUACCUGCACUUUGCUCACUCACAGCUGAAUGACCUGCAGAGGGCGGUACCAUGCGCCCACACCUUCCUCCAGAGGAACCCUGAGGACCAGCAAAUGCAGCAGUUGAUGGAGGAAUACAAGAGCAAGUAUGACCUGAGCGGCUACCUCAUUGACCACGAAGAACGACCCUACGAGACGUCAUUUCUGAGAGGAGUGAAACUUGUGGGUUCGGGCGACUACAGCAGCGGUGUUCAAGAGUUGGAAGAAGCUCUGUGGCUCUACUUCCAGGAAUAUGACCUGUGUCAGGCCGAAUGUGAAGGGAUCACUCAACUUUUAGCAGACAGAGACUUCUAUGCAGUCAUAGCAGAUGCCUACAUUGACACAUUAAGGUGCAAACUGAGGUGCGAAGAAAACCUGACACCGAAUAUUGGGGGUUAUUUUGUAGUGAAAUUUGUGCCCACUGUUUACCACUACCUCCAGUAUGCCUAUUAUAAGUUGAACGAUGGACGCAGUGCCGUGCCCUGUGCUCACAGCUACUUCCUGUUCGAGCCUGAGGACCCAGUCAUGAAGCAGAACCUGCUAUAUUAUAAAGCCUACAGUCAACAGUGGGGGCUUCAGUCCAACCACUUUACCCCCAGGAUGGAAGCUUUCAAACACUACAACCAGACAAUAAUGCAAAAAAAGAUGUUGGCAUUUGCAGAAACAUACUUCGGUCUGUCUGAGGAGGACUUUCUAGGACCAGAGGAGGUUGCACGGUCGGCCCCAGACUCUCCUGAUGCUGAGUUUGAAGGUAUUGGAGAUUAUGAGGAGUCAAUUUAUGCAAACUGGAAGCAACUGAAGGGCAAAGGGGAUGCUGGCGAGUCAGACAUCUGACGACUUUCUGGAGUUUACAGAGAAUAGUCUGACUAUAAGA